GAAAGGCACUGUGACCCUGCCUUUAUAACUGCAAGAAGGAACGCAUUUGUAUCUGUGCGAAGGCUCCAUUCAAUGUUCGGCUUGCCCAAUACCUUUUCAAGAGGCGAUGAGCAUCGAUGCAACGUCGACUCGGGUUGGGACGUCCAGCAUUUUGUGGACAGCACCAAGGAUAGGUUGGACAGAAAGCGAGACGACUACUUACCAGCACCGACGUCUGCUCCCCGCCCCUCAAUAUCCUCUACGUUGUCAAAUUACGUACAAGGACAACUCAUCGCCCUGGGCUCCGCACAGCGUCGGAGGCCUAGCAUAUCGCUCACCGUUCGCAGUCACGAAGUGACUAUCCCGCCUCCGUCGUAUUCGACUCUACGCUUCGUAUUUAUGUGCCUGUUGUGGUACAUGUCAUCUGCUAUGUCGUCAAAUACUGGCAAAGUCAUCCUUAAUCACUUUCGCUUCCCCAUCACUCUUACCAUUAUUCAAUUUGCAUUCGUAUCGGGCCUUUCUGCGCUCGUGUGCCACCCCUCAUUUAAUAUAAGUACACUUCGGCGACCCACAAAAGCAAUUCUCUGGAACACGGUGCCAAUGGCUGUCUUUCAAGUGGGUGGCCACAUGUUCUCGAGCGUCGCGAUUUCGAGGAUCCCAGUCAGUACCGUGCAUACGAUCAAAGCACUGUCACCGCUCUUCACUGUUGCUGCGUAUGCGGCACUGUUCGGCGUCAAGUACUCGCCUGCAACGUAUAUAUCAUUACUUCCCCUUACUGCGGGGGUCAUGCUCGCUUGUUCAUUCGAUGUAUCGGCAGCGGACUUCAUUGGACUCGUGUCAGCGUUUGGCUCAGCCAUCGUCUUUGUGUCCUCCAACAUCUUUUUCAAGAAAGUCAUGCCAAGUAGUGGUUCGGGAUCAGGCACGGCCCCGCCGCACAAAUUAGACAAGAUAAACUUAUUGCUGUAUUCUUCUGGCAUUGCCUUCCUCUUAAUGAUCCCGGUCUGGGUGUCAUCGGAUUUCGGUCCGCUCAUGUCUCUUUGGAGCACGACAGGCGUUCGCGACAGUAGGAGCAUUGCGAAUAGCGGGAAAAUCGUUAUUCUCAACUUUUUCCUCAAUGGUGUUGUUCAUUGGGGGCAAAAUUUGAUUGCCUUUGCCGUCCUUUCCUCCACUUCGCCCGUCACAUACAGCAUUGCCUCCCUUAUCAAGCGAAUCGCAGUAAUUUGCAUCGCGAUCAUUUGGUUCAAUCAGCACAUUCAUCCUGUCCAGGGUAUAGGCAUAAUCCUUGCCUUCGUUGGAUUAUGGAUGUACAAUAAUGCCAAGGGUGACGUUGAGAAGGGGGAGAGCAAAGUUAGGAGGAUUGAAGCUAAGGCACAAAUCUUACUUCCUGUGUCGCAACAGGAUGCCAGACUGCAGCAAGCCUCGCCCAUCCCUUCGACAUGGCCAAGCGAGAAAGUGGAGACUGAAAAGUGGGAUACAAAUCGCCUCGAAGCUCGCUCGACGGCUGUGCCGCAUGUUGAGUUUUCAAAUGGGACUUCUCAUGUGCACAUACCCCAUCCAGGCGAUGUGGAUGUUGCACAUACACGCCACACUCCUUCACCACUCAGUGUCUCAUCGAAAGUGACGGACCGAUUGAACGGCCACACACACCAAACAUCAUUGGUCCAGUCCCCGACAGGGUCUUAUCCGUCUCCUCCACCGUCUAGCCAUGAAUCUCCACCCAUCACACCUCAUUUACAUUCUCAGGGCUAUUUCGCAUUACAUUCAUCUGACAGUCCCCGUGGCUCGCACUCUCACUUGCAAAGUUUGAAGGCUAGACGUGGGGCAGUGGGCCUGGACAUUUCGAUGGGACAAUCCCAAGAUGGGUUGAACACUCCUGGAGUUACAAUUGUAGCGUCCUCUUAGGGUAUUCAGGACAUUCAACUCAUUAACUUAUACAUCGAACAUUCUGAUAUAGAGUAUCAACUACGCAAUGACUCCGGCAGGCACUAUCUUUACUUCGCAUCGUUCAUUAUCCUUUCCUGUGUUGUCUUAUGAUUACUUGAGUACUCAUUGUUCCUGAAACGGAGAACGCAAUUUACAUAAGCCAUAGCCGAGGU